AUGGCGAGUAAUGCAACCAGCUGCAAUGAAGAAGAAGCUGAUCCUAAAUGGGCGGCGCUCCAGAGGCUCCCUACUUGUGACCGAUUGAAAAAAGGCUUUCUAAUGACCACCAGCACGAGACCCGAGGCACAAGAGAUUGAUGUAAGGAAUCUUGGCCUUCAAGAAAGGAAAGAAUUGGUAGACAGAUUAGUGGGAGAAGAUGAAGAGGAUCAUUCUAAGUUCUUGUUGAAGCUCAAGAACCGCAUCGAUAGGGUGGGGAUUAGUAUGCCUACAAUAGAAGUCAGAUUCGAGCAUUUAAAUGUUGAAGCUGAAGCUUAUGUUGGAAGCAGAGCUUUGCCUACAUUCUUAAACCUCUUCUUCAAUUUAUUUGAGGGCUUCUUCAACUUCCUUCAUAUACUUCCCACAAGAAAGAAGCGCUUGUCAAUCCUCAAAGAUGUUAGUGGGAUCAUCAAGCCUGGCAGAAUGACACUGCUUUUGGGUCCUCCUAGUUCUGGGAAAACCACACUAUUGUUGGCAUUGGCUGGAAUGCUCGACUCUAAUCUUAAGUUUUCCGGAAGGGUGACUUACAAUGGCCACGACAAGCAUGAAUUUGUGCCUCAGAGAGCUGCAGCCUAUGUGGAUCAGCAUGAUCUCCACAUUGGAGAAUUGACAGUCAGAGAAACCUUGGCCUUCUCUGCUAGAUGCCAAGGGGUUGGACCACGUUAUGAGAUGCUAGCCGAGUUGGCUAGAAGAGAGAAAGAAGCAAAUAUCAAGCCUGACUUAGACAUAGACAUCUAUACGAAGGCAAUAGCAGCAAAAGGCCAGGAGGCAAGCAUCGUGACAGAUUAUGUUCUCAAGGUUUUAGGGUUGGAUGCCUGUGCGGAUACCUUGAUAGGGGAUCAAUUGUUACGAGGUAUCUCUGGUGGACAAAAGAAGCGUGUUACGACAGGGGAGAUUAUGGUUGGACCUUGUAAGGCAUUCUUUAUGGACGAAAUAUCAACUGGCUUGGACAGUUCAACAACUUUUCAAAUUGUGAACUCGAUCAAGCAAAAUGUUCACAUUCUCAAAGGGACAGCAUUCAUCUCUCUCUUGCAGCCAGCUCCUGUGACUUUUGAUCUUUUCGAUGACAUAGUUCUUCUCUCGGAUGGCCAUAUUGUGUAUCAGGGUCCUCGGGAGCAAGUUCUUGAGUUCUUUGAAUCCAUGGGUUUUAAGUGUCCCGAGAGGAAAGGCGUCGCAGACUUCCUGCAAGAAGUGACAUCGAGGAAAGACCAGGAGCAGUAUUGGGCAAGGAAAGAUGAGCCAUACAGUUUUAUUUCCGUCAAGGAAUUUGCUGACGCAUUCCAAUCAUUCCAUGUGGGACAGAUGCUUGUUAAUGAACUUGCAACUCCAUUUGACAAAUCCAAGAGCCACCCAGCUGCUUUGACAACUAAAAAAUAUGGUGUUACAAAGAAGGAACUCCUGAAAGCUUGCUUCUCUAGAGAAUUUUUGCUCAUGAAAAGAAAUUCAUUUGUCUACAUUUUCAUGUUCUUUAGGCUUGCUGCACUAGCACUGAUGACAAUAUCAGUGUUCCUACGAACUGAGAUGCACCACAACUCUGUAAUCGACGGAGGAAUUUAUCUGGGAGCUUUGUUCUUCAGCCUGAUGACUGUAAUGUUCAAUGCAAUGUUUGAGCUUUCCAUGACUGUUGCAAAGCUUCCUGUUUUUUACAAACAAAGAGACCUACGUUUCUUUCCUCCAUGGGCAUAUGCAUUUUCCUCUUGGAUCCUAAAGAUCCCAAUCACAUUUACCGAAGUGGGUGUUUGGGUUUUCAUUACAUACUACGUCAUUGGAUUUGAUCCCAAUGUAGGAAGGUUGUUUAGGCAAUUCUUUGUGCUUUUUCUUGUUAAUCAGAUGGCUUCUUCAUUGAACCGAUUUAUAGCUGCAGUUGGCAGGAACAUGAUUGUUGCUUCUACCAUAUCAUCAUUUGCUCUAAUUAUACUUUUCUCUUUGGGUGGUUUCAUUCUAUCAAGAGAGCAUAUAAAGAAAUGGUGGAUUUGGGGUUACUGGCUAUCACCUUUGAUGUACGGCCAAAAUGCAAUGUUAGUCAAUGAGUUUCUUGGGAAGAGUUGGAAUAAGGUUCAUCCAAACUCAGUGGAACCUCUAGGAAUUGCAGUUUUGAGGUCUCAUGGAUUUUUCACUCAAGCAUAUUGGUAUUGGAUAGGCACUGGGGCAUUGUUGAUAUAUGUGUUACUGUUCAAUUUCUGUUUCAGUCUGGCCCUAACUUAUCUCAGCCGUGGUGAAGAUCAAAAAAUUAAUAUUGGAAGUAGUCCCACCAGGUCCUUAUCUGUUAAGACUGGAAUGACUCUUCCAUUUGAGCCACACUUCAUCACAUUCAAGGAUAUCACGUACUCUGUUGACAUGCCGCGGAACCAGGAUAUCCUUGGGGAUAAAUUGGAGCUUCUCAAAGGUGUGAGUGGUGCUUUCAGGCCAGGUGUUCUCACAGCUUUGAUGGGUGUAAGUGGUGCUGGUAAAACAACUCUUAUGGAUGUUCUGGCUGGUAGGAAAACUGGAGGUUAUAUAGAAGGAAAUAUCACUAUUUCUGGGUACCCAAAGAUCCAGAAAACAUUUUCUCGAAUUUCUGGGUACUGUGAACAAAAUGACAUCCACUCUCCCCAUGUUACUGUGUAUGAGUCUUUGGUCUAUUCAUCAUGGCUGCGUUUGUCGCCAGAAGUCAAUUCUGAAACCAGGAAGAUGUUCCUUGAGGAAGUGAUUGAACUUGUGGAGCUGAGCCCACUAAAACAAGCAAUGGUGGGGUUACCCGGUGUAAAUGGUCUUUCAACAGAGCAGCGAAAGAGGCUAACAAUUGCAGUCGAGCUAGUGGCUAAUCCAUCCAUAAUAUUCAUGGAUGAACCAACUUCAGGGCUGGAUGCAAGAGCUGCUGCCAUCGUUAUGAGAACAAUUAGGAACACUGUGGACACUGGAAGAACAGUCGUAUGCACCAUCCAUCAGCCAAGCAUCGAAAUAUUUGAAGCUUUUGAUGAGCUAUUACUAAUGAAGCGAGGAGGACAAGAGAUAUAUGCAGGUCCAUUGGGUCAGCACUCUUGCCAUUUAAUUAAGUACUUUGAGGGAAUUCAAGGAGUUAGCAGAAUUAAAGAUGGUUACAACCCAGCAGCAUGGAUGUUGGAAGUUACUACUCCAGCGAAAGAAAGAGAUUUGGGACUUGAUUUUGCUGAUGUAUACAGAAAUUCAGAACUUUACUUGAGAAACAAAGAACUUAUUAUGGAAUUAAGCAGUCCUGCUCCUGGUUCAAAGGACCUCUAUUUCCCUACUGAAUACUCACAGUCACUUUUCACCCAAUGCAUGGCUUGCUUAUGGAAACAACAUUGGUCCUAUUGGCGCAAUCCACAAUACACUGCCUUAAGAUUUCUCUUCACAACCUUUAUGGCCAUAAUGUUUGGGACAAUAUUUUUGAAUCUGGGUUCAAAAAGGACUAAGCAACAAGAUCUCUUCAAUGCAAUGGGUUCCAUGUAUGCAGCAGUUAUCUUCCUUGGUAUUAAAAAUUCAUCCUUGGUGCAGCCAGUGGUUUCUGUUGAGCGAAAUGUCUUUUAUAGAGAACGAGCAGCUGGAAUGUAUUCAGCCUUCCCAUAUGCUUUUGCACAGGUCAUUAUUGAGGUGCCUUAUGUCCUUGGUCAAGCUUUGGUAUAUGGGAUAGUAGUUUAUGCAAUGGUUGGAUUCCAAUGGACUUUUUCGAAGUUUCUCUGGUAUCUAUUCUUCAUGUACUUCACAUUUUUGUGCCUUACUUACUUUGGCAUGAUGGCCAUUGCCUUGACACCAAACCAGCACGUUUCUGCUAUAUAUGCCUCCGUAUUUUAUGCAGUGUGGAACCUCUUUUCGGGAUUCUUUGUCCCAGUAACCAGGAUUCCUAUAUGGUGGAGAUGGUACUACUGGGCAUGUCCGCUAGCUUGGACAUUGUAUGGUUUGGUUGCAUCACAGUUUGGUGACAUAAAGGAGGUGAUGGAAACGGGAGUAACAGUGGAAGAGUUUUUGAGGGACUACUUCGGUUUUCACCAUGAAUUCUUGGGAGUUGUUGCAGCUGUGCUUGUUGGGUUUACUCUACUUUUUGCAUUUGUAUUUGCCUUGUCCAUUAAGAUUGUGAAUUUCCAGAAGCGAUAGAAAGGAAAUUUUCCUCCUCAUGAUGCUAAAUAGGAAGUUUUAUAAAUUUCCUCUUCUCCGCGUUAGAGAUCAUACUAAUUAGUGAUAAGAAGGUUGCUACUGUUGUCUAGUUAGUGAUAAUAUAUGCUUAUCAUGUUUAUUUCAGUUAUGUGUAAUCUUGUAGAAGGCAUAUCUGUUGUAAUUUGUAGCUAGGUUACUAGGAUCUGAGAUUUAUCCCUCCUAAUCUGUUUAUUUGCGUAUAAAUGAAUCCAUUAUUGUUCAGUUUAUGUAUAUAAGCUAUUAAUAUAUUCCCUUUUUUCAUCAUCAUAUAUUGUUUUCUGAGUAGGUAUCAGAGCUUGAGGAAGACAACGU